CAUUGUUCGCUUGACAGUUCUCCUCGGUGAGUGUAGUUGUCUCCUUUGUACACACUAUCUCGCAUUCUCUUUCUCGCACACACUACCGCAUACAUGUUCAGCUGAUGCGUAUACGCGUAUUCUGGCCAAAACCCUCCCCCGUUCGGUGUAUUGUGGAACACAAGAUUUGAAUUGCUCUUGCGCGGUACACGGACGACGGGUCUCCGUAGUUUUGUGUGUCGGCUUUGUGGGAGGGCUGUUUGCUGUCAAAAAGUUGGUCCCCGGAAGGGAAGGAAAAAAGGUUAGAUUAAUCGCCGAUUUCCAUUGUCGAUGGAAUUGUGAAACCGGGCGCUGUGAAUUCGAUUGCGAUGGUCCAAAAGGAAGAUUGGUCUGCGGACGAGGAGCAGCUACAGUGUAUUUCCGUCAUCGUCGUCGUAGGGUCGUAGGGUCGUAGUGUGUUGUGUGUGUGUUUUUUGUGUCUGUGAAAAGGUAAAUGCGGGCGGUGGGAGAGCUACUGCAAGAGGGCCCCCUCCACCGAGCGGAGUAGGAAGUCAAGUCUGUGGCUACUGUGUGCUUCGUCGUGUGUUGUGAAAGUGUGAAGGCUUGUUGUGUACGUGCGCGCUGUUUUGUGGUCGUGGAGGGGUUGAAGAGAAGUGGUGGAAGACCGCCAGCUACCAACGACCCAGAGAUAAACUAGCGGCGGCCCCCCGACUUGUGGUUCGUUUAUCAAUUACUCAACGGCGCCACGGUGGUACGCAAUUUCGGUCCGCAAUCGGCGCUUGCAGGCGCUCCCAAUCGCAACCGCACCGUGUCAUCAUCGAGAUGGCUUUCGUGAAGGAUCCCUGCGGUAUUGUGUGCGUGCUGAUCACCUACAUGACCGUCCUGCACGCGGACUAUGUGGUAACGCACUGGAUAAUUCUGCAAACGAUGCCUAACAGCCUUUGGGCACCGUUCCAUGUGGUGGCGUUCAACACGAUCGUGUUCCUGCUGGCGAUGGCCCACCUGAAAGCGGUCCUGCUCGAUCCGGGCACCGUGCCGCUGCCCCAAAUCCGGAUCGACUUUUCGGACCUCCACUCGGAGAAGAACUACGGCCACGAGCGGGAAGAGUGGACGAUGUGCACGCGGUGCGAGACGUACCGGCCGCCCCGUGCGCACCACUGCCGCAUCUGCAAGCGGUGCAUCCGCCGGAUGGACCACCACUGUCCGUGGAUUAACAACUGUGUCGGCGAGCGGAACCAGAAGUACUUUCUGCAGUUCCUGAUGUACGUGUGUGCGCUGGCCGUGUACUCGAUCGUGCUGAUCGUGAUUUCGUGGAUGUACCCGUGCGAGGAUUGCCACGCGGAUGUGUCCCAGGCGCAGACGCGCAUGAUGCACAGCGUGCUGCUGCUGCUUGAGUCGGUCCUGUUCGGGCUGUUCGUGGUGGCGAUCAUGGUCGACCAGAUGCACGCGAUCCUGUACGACGAGACGGCGGUCGAGGCGGUACAGCAGAAGGGCCCGUACCGGAUCCACCGGCCGAAGAUGGCGCUGCUGGCGGAGGUCUGUGGCCGGGGGCAUCCGAUGCUGUGGAUGCUGCCCUGCACCAGCCUCAACCGGAAGCAUCACGAUGUGCCGCUGCUGAGCCACGACGUUUAAAACCGCUCCCUAAACGGUCACGAUGAACAGGGAGGGGGAGAGAACAAAAACCGACGGCAAAAAAGGUAUGCCUGGGAAACAAAUUCCAAUCGAUGUGGAGGGGGCGGGCCGAAGCGCCAGACCAGACACACGUUUGACCCAUUUGGUGUGCCUCAUUUGCAUUAUCGUGCAUUUAUGAUCGCACCUUGGGCUAAUUAGUUUUCCAUUACCUAUUAUCAAGGCACCACGGUAUGUGUGUGCGAGUGUUGGUGAGCGCUUGUUUAUGACGGUGAGUGGCUGCCAAUUUUCCCAGGCCGCAAAUUCCUUCGCGUGACCAAAGACUCGGAAAACACAAACACAGGGAGAGAGAGAGAGAGAGAGAGAGAGAGAGAGAGAGAGAGAGAGAGAGAGAGAGAGAGAGAGAGAGAGAGAGAGAGAGAGAGAGAGAGAGAGAGAGAGAGAGAAAGAGAGAGAAAGAGAGAGCGUUGUACAUGCAUAUUCUCGAAAGGGUUCUUCUAUCGAACGACGAGCGAACCGCUUUUACGCCCAGGAAGGAAAAACUUUCUGUUAAUUUAUUCGUUUCUUUAUGUUUUCUUGUUCCUAAGACGUUUUUUUUUCUUUUUUGCAUUAAUCCGGGCAGGAGACACUUGUAAGGCAUUCUGUAAGAAUGUGGUCCUAUGCCACCAACAGGGAAAGGUAAACUAAGCAAUAGCUAAUGCAAUAGCUAUACAAAGCGAUAACACUCAACCCACCACCCUCCUUGACAAAACCUGUCGGAAAUUGAUAACAAGCUAAAAAACAGUACAGCCUACCUACCUGAAUUAGGUGCGAAAUGGGGGAGCGUACAGCGAGCAGCAGAAUUAUUCAGGAAUUGAUGUAAAUUUGUGUACCAAAGUGAGGUAAAGGUAUCUAAACUCCACGUAUCUAAAUAAUUUUCACAGUAGUAUAAGUCCCAAGGCGCUGAUAUUAUUCGGUAACGUUGAACGAGUUCAACUAGCACCCUUCUAGUUUUGUGAUAGGUUUGGUUCUUGUGUGUAUAGUUUCCGGUUAUUCGUUUGGUUAAGCACACACACACACACACUGUUCUAGGUUAGUUUUGAGGAGCGAUUUUUAAUUUUGCUAGAAAGAUUAUAGUUACGAUUUAUGACGUAUUACCCGUUUUUUGGUGCGUUUAAAGCGGUAGUGAAAAGCACACAAAUGACCAACCAAUGGUGGUUUCCUAUACACUGGCAACUCUUGACCUCGUAUUGAACAACAAACAAUCACGAACAAAUAUGUAGAUGCAUUUUGCCCAGGUGUCGGGUUGGGUCGGGCGAUCAUUCUUAGAAGAUACGCGCACAUCCUCAUCGAAAUCACGCUUCACACAUCACUGCCCUCAAAACUUGCACACAGAAAAACAAUCCCCUCUGAAAAGUAUGUUUAAUUUAGCAAACAAAUCAAAAGAAGAACAAAAUCGCAAUAUCCUCGCACACUCGUCCACUCUUCGAGGCCUGCACGAGGGAUCGAGAUCGAUUGAACCGAGCUUAUAGCACCUUCUAAAUUGUUGAUUACUUUCUACUUUCUUCGGUUCGGUUGCGUUCGUUGCAGCAAAUCAUUCUUAAUAAGACCUUAAGAGCAGUUUCCAUUUCGGAGAACGUUACAGAGGUUGUGUUUUGCCCAUGUAUUUGUGUGUGUACAGUGCAUAUAGUAUUACAAAAAAAAAUCGUUUCUGUAACUCGUAUCGUAUUAAGCAGCAGCUUGUCAGGUUAAAAUAAUUUAAAAGAUGUAAGCCAUUGUGCGGCUUUUUGUGUUUCAAACAUUUUUGUGCAUCGAUCUAGAUUAAACCGAUUCCUAACUAUCAUCCCCGCUGCACCUAGUAGAUCAUUUGCACAAGGAAUGGGGCAAUAGUAGUAACAGUAGUAGUAUAAAGUGUAGAUGAGCAAUAUAUAGGAACAAAAUGCUAGACAGUGUCCAUCGCGAGAUCACUUUCGUACGGCUGUACAUAGUUCACAAUCACAACUUUACUGAGCCAAUCAGUUCGAAUCCCAUCAGUGUAGCUUUUUUAACGACAUACAUACAUACAUACAGACUAGCAACUAACUAUACUGGCAGAACUAUUUCCAUGGUCGUAUGCAAUAGAACGAGGGGAUACAGGGUUUUCGAGGAUUAUAUAGACAUGUUCAGCGAGUUGUAGAUUCGUUCAGGCAUAUAAUAGACUCUUUCAGCGAGAUAUAGAAUUGUUCGGAA